GGUCAGGUUCACACAGCGCCAUCAGUCUUAGAAAGACUACUUAUAAAUUCAUUACGCUCGUAAUUUCUUCUCUGUGCGGCUGUGUCUCUGAAUCCUAUCCCAACUUUCUAUUGUAAAUCAAAGAUGGCAAAGGUCUCCACCGGCCUGUUAAUGAUAGCGCUCCUCCUCUGCUCCAGUACGCUGACCUAUGCUUCCCGUCCAGAGCCAGGUUUUGCUGAUGCGACUCCAGCAAAUACCCAUCAUGGGCAUUUUGCGGAAGCAGAGCACUUACAUACUUUGGAUGGGAGCUCAUGUGAAGGACUUGGAGAGGAGGAAUGCUUGGAAAGGAGGACGUUGGCUGCUCACCUCGAUUAUAUCUACACCCAGAAGCAGAAGCCAUGAAAUUAUCUGCUAGCAGCUAGCUAGCUUGUUACUUCUUGUGGUCAUUUGUGGAAUAUGUAAUCCUUAUAAUUUUACUAGUAUGAUAUUUCAUUACUAAGUGUUUCUUUCCCUGCAUGCAUAUUGUUCUUGCUUAAUUGGUUAGUGAAAUGCAUGCUGUCUUAAAAAAAAAAAGUUUCUCUAUGGUUUUCUUUCUUUCUUUUUUAUUUUCCCCAGGCCGUAAGCUGUAAGCCUGUAUACGUCUAGGUUAAUGAAUAACGAAUUAACGAUGAUUUUUAGAUUUUAGUAUA